UUUUUUCUUAAGUAUGGCGUUGUAAGUAACCAAAGAGAAUUUAUGUUUAACAUAUUAUUUUUAAGAAAUAUUAAGCAAUUUAAAAAAAUUUAACACACUAAAACAAAAAAACAAAAAAUAAACUAAAAUUAGGCAACAACAAAAAAUUGUAAAUUUAAAAGAGCUAUUAACAUGUUGGGAGUUUUUAAACAGCAUUUGUGUCGUUUACACACGGUUUAUUUUCAAACUUUAAUUCUUUAUUUUUUUUUUGACGAUUACUGAAGUUUUUUUUCUUUCUUGGCAUUGCAUAAGUAUGGGUCCUGUCAUUGUUCUAAAUGGGAUGAAUCAUCAAAAUCAGCAGUUAAUGGUCAACCAGGAGGAGCUCGAUACACUUCAGUUUCACGAUGAUGACAAGCGAACCAAUCUUAUUGUAAAUUAUUUGCCUCAAGAAAUGAGUGAAGAAGAACUAAAAACAUUAUUUUCCUCAGUGGGUGCCCUUGAAAGUUGUAAGCUAAUACGCGACAAAGUGACAAAAGCCAGUUUGGGGUACGCGUUUGUUAACUACCAACAUCCGAAUGACGCAAGGAAAGCUAUUCAUUCUCUGCAAGGAAUGAAAUUAACUACAAAAACAAUCAAAGUUAGCUACGCACGACCAAGUUCAAAUGAAAUUAAAAAUGCAAACUUAUAUAUUAGUGGUUUGCCACAAACUUGUGAUGCUAUUCGUUUACGAGAACUUUUUCAGUUUUUUGGAGAAAUUAUAACUAGCAAAGUUCUUGUUGAUGAAAACGGUAUCAGUCGCGGAGUCGGAUUUGUUCGCUUUGAUAAGCGUUGUCAGGCAGAAUUAUCUAUUGAAGCUUUAAACAAUAAGGUGCCGAAUCUUCUUAACGCAAUAAAACCAUUAGCUGUAAAAUUUGCAAACCCACCCAGUCAAAAAAUGAACUCAUACAUCGAGGUCCUUAAUCACAGUAAAAAUAUGUCAAAUGCAGGUUAUUUACAAAACCAAGGGUUUUCUCAAGCGUAUUAUUCACCGCUUCCAAAUGCUGUUUUGGCAGGAGUAUCAAACGGCAACACAGUACACAAUGUGACUAAUGGAACUAAUUCGACAUACAAUAACGCCUUAAAUGGAUCAGGUCCAAAUAAUCUGAAUCUUGUGCCUCAGGCAAAUGUCACAAGUUGGUGUGUUUUUGUUUAUAAUUUACCAUCUGAUGCAAAUGAUUUGACCUUGUUUCAGUUGUUUAGUAAACACGGAGCGAUUCAUUCUGUUCGUGUGAUAACUGAUCAUGAGAAAAAAUGUAGAGGAUACGGUUUUGUAAAUAUGCUACAUUAUGAAGACACUAUAGCAGCCAUUUUUCGAUUAAACGGUUAUUGCUUAGAACGAGGAAAACCACUACAAGUGUCGUUAAAACGUUCAAAAUGCAUGUCUAAUAUGUAUACCAACUAAAUAUUAUACUGAUUCGCCAAUCAGAUUUAUUUUGGAAAUUUUUAUCGAAUUUUUACAAAAAAAAAAUGAAGACAUUUUGCGGUCUGAACGUUUAUUAUUGGAAAACAUUGUUGGGAAAAAUCAUUUAAAAAAAUUAUUAGAAAAAACUAUGAAGUUAUCGUUAAAAAAACGUAAUUCAAGUAUUUAUACAAAAGUUUAUAAAAUUAAUAUUUUCUAACAAAUAUUUGCCCUAUAUGACAAUUUUAACAAUAAUUUUGUAAAUUCUAAAUUAAUAAUUAUAACCAUUUUUGAAAAAUCAUAGGGUGGUGAAAAUUCAUUGGAACGAAAUAGACAUAACUCAUAUUCUUUUGAUAACCACUA